UCCUGUCCAGGAACAUACUAUUUUCCAAGGUAUAAUUGUUAAUACUUAAUUCGAAAUGGGGAUGGUGGAUUAAUCUCUAUUUAUCCUAGUCAAGGGAAUUGGUGCCUGUCCUCUGAUGUCUGCCCCCAAUUAAUGGGAAACAGUGUCUACCCUUCGGUUCAUCAGUCUUGGGCUUCCUGGCUUUCUCUGCCAAUCGCUGUCUGUGGUGCUGAAACAGAGCUCACAAAUAAAGCUGCAGAAAUUCCUCUUCUCUGCUGUAUGGAAGCAGGAGGGAUAUUUCCUUUACACAGGGAGGGAACGCCAAUUUCUUGGAAAGCAGCAGAUAUGUAGGAUGCUGGGAGAGGAGGAAAAGGAGGAGGAGGAGCAGCAGCAGCAGCAGCAACUAAGGCUAAGCACUCUUCAGGCUCCAGCACCUCCCACCGAGCUGUUCAGUAUGGAAACAAAUAGCCCUUCUUGCAAAUGGUCAUCUGAGCAUCUGUGGCUGGGGCAAAGAGUCACGGGAAAGGCAAGAGCUGCUUCACAGAAUCCUGAUCUAUCAGUGAGGCGGAAAGCCAACCGUGCAUCCCCUCUUUCUUGGAUUCAGCUUCCCUAUGUGCUGCUCCUCAUUAAAGUUCCUGGAGUGAGAAGACAAUCCUUUUUCUGUUUGACCCUGAACUUCAAGACAUGUCUUACAAGACAUAGCCAUCUCUCCGUGGAGCCAUGGCAAAGAUGCUGCCAGCACAGGAAGCGGCAAAGAUCUAUCAUACCAACUACGUGAGGAAUGCUCGAGCCAUGGGAGUGCUGUGGGCACUGUUCACCCUCUGCUUUGCUGUGAUCAUGGUGGUAACUUUCAUCCAGCCCUAUUGGAUUGGGGACAGCAUUGACACUCCACAAGCUGGUUAUUUUGGCCUCUACUCCUAUUGUAUUGGAAAUGCCCUGACCGGUGAACUCAUUUGCAAGGGCAGCCCGCUGGACUUUGGCACCAUCCCCUCAAGUGCUUUCAAAACAGCUAUGUUUUUUGUUGGCAUUUCUACCUUUCUUAUAAUUGGCUGCAUCCUCUGCUUUAGCCUCUUCUUCUUCUGCAAUGCAGCCACUGUCUACAAAGUGUGUGCUUGGAUGCAACUGGCAGCAUGUGCAGGCUUGUCCAUUGGCUGCCUGCUCUACCCUGAUGGCUGGGACUCCCCCGAGGUGAAACGCAUGUGUGGAGAGAAGACUGACAAAUACACCCUGGGAGUCUGCACUGUGCGCUGGGCGUACAUCCUUUGCAUCAUCGGCAUUCUUGAUGCCUUCAUCCUAUCUUUUUUAGCAUUUGUGCUUGGCAACCGGCAAGACAACCUUCUACCCUCUGAUUUCCAAGUGGAAAACAAAGAGGAAGCAAAUAAAUGAAGAUGAAUACUGAAGGAAUCGCAAGUGUACUUACUUCUGCCCUUGAAUACUGAGCACUCCAACUUGACCUUGGACUCAGAAAAGCUGCUUGAUACACAUGAAUGCUAAUGUGGAUUCUGCCAGUUAUCUAGACCAUCAGUCUGUGUUAUAGAAGAGCGAUUCUGCAAAAAACAGUGUGCUCUUUUCCAGAAAAGACUAUGACAAAAUAAAUUAUGUUCAGUGUGACAUU